UUUAUAAUGAAAAGCCAUUUCCAAUAAGAGAAAACGAAAAGUUUUUAUCUCAUUUAUUAUCUACAACUAUAUUUAUUGGCAACUCUGCGGUCAAACUUUUGACGAACAACGAAAUUCAAACCAGGAUAAAUGAUUUUUACGAUGCAGGAAUAAGGUUUGUAUAUUUUAGUAAGACUGAUCAAAUAAAUACUAGGAAUGUAGCCAACUUACUUGGAAUGGAGACAAAUUGGAAUACAUCCAUUUCAUUGAGCCUUAAUGAUAAGCCCAGCUUCAAAAACAGAGACGGCAAAGUUGUCAUUCCAAGUGGAAUAAAUAAUAUAAAGACACACAUAAAAGAGGUUGACGAUAUUCCGUUACGUGUUUCUUCCUACUCAGGAUGCAAUCAGUUUAACACAGCUGAGAUGAUAAAGAUUUUGUUGGAAAACAAUGAAAUAAUAACAUGUGUAGGAAAUAGUUUGAACUGUAGUAACUUUGAACUUUACAAUUUGUGUAAUUAUUCAAUAUCUGUGUUAUUACCUUUUAAUACGAUUUGCAAAGAUUGUUAUGGCAAAAAAGAAAAGACGAACCCUUUUGAAAAUCAAUCAUCAAAAAAUAACCCCUUAAUGUUAUACUCAUCUUUUAUAAAUAGUUUCCCAUGCAACUUAAUUAUUGAAAAAAACAGUUUGGAUUUAUCUCAAAACGUGAUGGAAUUGGUUUAUAAAUUAUUAAAGAGUUCAAGAAUUCACAAAAAAAACGUGUCUUUAAUGAUAUUUCUUUUUUACUUUUACUAUUCAUAUUUAUCUUUUUUAGUAUUUAUAAUAUCAAUGUUUUUCCUACCCCCAUUCAUAUCGGUAGUUGAUUAUCUUUUAUUUAUUUUGUUAAUCAUACCCAUGCUAUCCAUAUGUUUGUUGCGAAACAAUAAUAACUCAACCAUUAUGAACGACAUACCGGACAAAGUUAUAUCGAAACAGUUCUUAACAAAAAAGAUGAUUUUUUUUUUGAUAAAAUGGAUCCCCAUGCUCGUUUUUUCAAUCAUCUUGUCUUGUUAUUACUUACAACUGAUAAACAAAAAUUUCGUCAGAAACUAUAUAAUUAGGGGAUCCCUGAAUACUUAUAAUAUGAGUCAGGAUUUGAAAAGAAAGCUCUUGAAAGACAUAAAUUACUACUGCAACGAUAAUAUAUAUUUACUUGGAUCCUUUUACAAGUGCCAAUUAUUAAUUUAUAGUUUCUAUAAAAAUGAAAGUAUGGACAACGUGAAUAUGGUUGAUACAAUGAUUAAACAAUCUCAAAUUUUUUUCUUCUUUUAUUUUUCUCUUUUUUUUUUCGUUUCCUCUCUAUCAAACAGCGAUAA